AUGGCUCUCGCAACCGCCGCAGGCCUAACCCUAGCCGCCUACCUCAACGCCAAAUACCAUCUAACAAAAGACCUACAGGGCCUCUUUGUCACCUCGCGCGCAUUCCGUCGCCACGAUGCCGCCGCCGCCAGCGGCGAAUUGAGCGCCUGGCUGACCUUCGACGCUACCGUCCGCAAGUACCCGUCUAUGCUCGCAAUCUGGUCCCGCGAGGGCACAUAUACGUACAUUGAGACCCGCGACCGUGCGCUGCAGUACGCGAACUACUUCCGCUCCAAGGACGUGCAGAAGGGCGAGCUCGUCGCACUGUACCUGCAGAAUAGACCCGAGUUUAUCUUUGCGUGGCUCGGGCUGUGGGCGAUUGGGUGUGCGCCUGCGGCCAUCAAUUAUAACCUUACCGGGGAUGCGCUGGUGCAUUGUUUACGAAUUGCAGGGGCCAAAGUAGUUCUUGUUGAUGAUGAGGAGGGGUGUGUGGGACGGGUCGAGGAGCGGCGCGGAGUGAUUGAGAAUGAAUUAAAGAUGGAGACUGUUGUGAUCGACGCUGCGUUCCGCGACGGGGUCAUUACUACAUUCCCAACAUCUAUCCCCGAGGACGGAAAACUCGUCCUCGGGACACCAGGCGAAUACCCGUCCAUCCUGCUCUACACUUCCGGAACAACAGGCCUCCCCAAGGGCUGCGCAUUCACCAUGUCCCGCCUCUAUCAAUCACUCAUUCUCCGCCGGGACGGCAUGAACGACACGGAUGGCCCCGACGGCGACCGCUGGUACUCCUGCAUGCCGCUAUACCACGGUACCUCGGCCAUGGCGCUAAUCAUCUGCCUAACAACGGGGAUAUCCAUCGCCAUCGGCCGCAAGUUCAGUGUGCGCCAGUUUUGGACGGACAUUCGGGACUCGGACGCCACAGCCUUCGUAUACGUCGGCGAGGCAGCAAGAUACCUCCUCGCCGCGCCGCCGUCUCCCUCGGACAAGGAUCAUCGUGUGCGGCUAAUGUACGGAAACGGUCUGCGGCCGGACAUCUGGGAGCGGUUCCGCGAGCGGUUCAACGUCCCCGAGGUGGGCGAGUUCUUCAACAGCACGGAGGGGAUCUUUGCGCUAUUCAAUUAUAACAAGGGUCCAUUCACAGCUGGUAGCGUCGGACACCAUGGGCUUAUCUUCAGAAUGCUCAUGAACAACACGUAUGUCCCUGUGGCAAUCGAUCCAAAUACGGGUGAUGUACUGCGGGAUCCCGAGACUGGGUUCGUCGUUCGGGCGCCGUAUGAAGUUGGUGGAGAGAUACUGGUGAACGUCCCCGGGAAAGAGGCGUUCCAGGGGUAUUGGGAAAAUGAGGACGCGACGAAUAAAAAGUUCCUAAGGAACGUGUUCAAGAAGGGCGAUUUGUACUAUCGGUCGGGCGAUGCGUUGCGCAGACAGGAUGAUGGACGGUGGUACUUCCUCGAUCGCUUGGGCGAUACCUUCAGGUGGAAGAGUGAGAAUGUCGCAACAGCAGAAGUCUCCGAAACCCUCGGCACAUACCCACCCAUCCUCGAAGCAAACGUCUACGGCGUCAGCGUCCCCAACCACGAAGGCCGCGCCGGCUGCGCGGCAAUCCAGCUCCGCCCGGGAGCCAGCGAGGCCGAACUAAAAGACCUCGCGCGGUUCGUGCGCGCCCGUCUGCCCAAAUACGCCGUCCCCGUGUUCCUGCGCAUCGUGCAGAACUCGACGCACACGGAUAACCAUAAACAGGGGAAGGUUUUGCUGCGCGAGGAAGGGGUUGAUCCGGAGAUGGUUGGGAGGAAGGUACCCAGGGGUGAGGCGGAUAGGUUUUUCUGGUUGACGCCUGAUGCUGGGGAGUAUGUGCCUUUUGGGAAGGGGGAGUGGGAGGGGAUUGUUGGGGGGAGGGUUAGGUUGUAG